GUCGGUCACGUGAUAGCCACAGUCCUGUCAGACAGAAUGAACCGGUGAAAACGGCGCACGACAUUGUGUUUCCUGCAUCUGUGUGUUUGUGGAUCUCAUGGCUGCUGUUUGGCAGCAGGUGUUGGCAGUGGACGCAAGGUACAAUGCUUACCGCACACCUACGUUCCCCCAGUUCCGCACGCAGUACAUCCGCCGGCGCAGCCAGCUGCUCCGCGAGAAUGCCAAGUGUGGCUUUGAGCCGGGGCUGCGCAGGCAGUACCUGCGUCUGCGCAGUCAGUUGCUCGCCCUGCGUUACGGGCCUCUCUCAGAGCAGAGCAGCUUCAGAGCCAGCAGUGUGCGCAGUUCCCGCACCACACUGGAUCGCAUGGAGGACUUCGAGGAGGAUCCCAGGGCUCAAGGUGCCAGAGGUCACCGAAGAUCAGUAAGCCGAGGUUCUUACCAGCUGCAAGCCCAGAUGAACAGAGCAGUGUACGAUGAAAGGCCUCCAGGUAGUCUGGUGCCCACCUCAGUGGCAGAAGCCAGUCGUGCCAUGGCAGGUGACACCACCCUUAGUGAGAACUACGCAUUUGCUGGCAUGUAUCACAUCUUUGAUCAGCAUGUCGACUCAGCUGUUCCGCGGCUGCAGUUUGCCAAUGAUGACAAGCACCUCCUUGCCUGCUGCUCAUUGGAUGGAACGUUGUCAAUCAUGACACUUUCCCCACCUCCACCGAUUGUAAAGGUGAUGCUGAAGGGUCACGCCGGGCCCGUCACUGACUUUGCCUGGUCGCUAAGCAAUGACAUCAUUGUUUCCACUUCAAAAGACGGCACACUGCGUAUUUGGAACACAGAGGACGGGCGCUGUAUCCGAGAGGUUGUUGACCCGGAAGGAAGCGAACUCCUGUGCUGUACUUUUCAGCCCAUGAACAACAACCUCACUGUGGUUGGUAACAGUAAACACCUCCUGCAGGUGGUGAACAUCUCCACUGGGAAGAAGGUAAAGGGAGGGUCCAGUAAACUCACCGGUCAAGUUCUCUCGCUCUCAUUUGAUGCUCCAGGGAGAAUCUUGUGGGCUGGUGAUGACAGGGGAAGCAUUUUCUCCUUCCUCUUUGACAUGGCCACAGGAAAACUGACAAAAGCUAAAAGGCUGGUAGUAAAUGAAGGCAGCUCAAUCUCCAGCAUCUCCGCACGCUCCUGGAUCAGCCGAGAGGCACGGGACCCAUCCCUGCUCAUCAAUGCCUGUGUUAACAAAGUUCUGUUGUACAGGGUUGUGGAUAAUGAGGGGACUUUACAACUAAAGAGGAGUUUCCCCAUCCAACAUGGAUCUCAACAGCUACACAGCAUCUUCUGUCCCCUUAUGUCCUUCAGACAGGGAGCUUGUGUUGUCACUGGCAGCGAGGACGCUUGCGUCUACUUUUUUGAUGUGGAGCGCAACACUAAGGCUAUCGUUAAUAAGCUGCAGGGCCACAGCGGGCCCGUGCUGGAUGUCAGCUUUAACUGCGACGAAAGCCUUCUGGCCUCAUCUGACGCCACUGGAAUGGUGAUCAUCUGGAGACGAGAGCAGAAGUAACCACAGCAACUCCAAGCUUUCGCUACAGCAUCUUACAUGCGGGCUGACUUGAAUCAUGUGCAAUUAAACAACAGAUCUCUACUGUAAAUGUAAAAAUUACUGUUGUAAUGGUGUAUUCGAUGCGUCUGAACUAACUCUGAAGGGACCACGUGCUCUGUUAUCUUUGUUUUGGGACUGACUUUACUAUUUUUGUUGGUUUAGGAUGUGAUGCUUGUUUGUGACUAUGUGGACCUCAUCAGUGCUUGGGAGCCUAAAUGUUUAACUUAAAUGGGAGAUGGGGUUAAUGUAAUACUUUGUUUGCCUUGUGUGACUUUGUAAACCGUAUGAAUGAGAGCGUUUGAGGCAAUAGAAAAUGUCACUGAAAUGUAUUUGCUUGCACAAUAACACUACUGUAUUUAUGCCUUGUCCAAAUCCAAUAAAUAUCACACUAACUAAAUAUA